GCCGAGCUAGGCAUGAGUUACGAGUUGACUCAAACCAGCUCGCAAAACUCGGCAUGCACGCACGAAUGCACCUUGGCGCCAUGGCUGAGGCUGGGACGGCUCUGAGAACGUUGGGUACAGACAUUGGAGCAGAACCGCAGGAUCGCGAUAGAGACACAAGCCUCAGAUCAUGGGGUUCGUCCCAGUUCUUGCACGGUGGCAGCAGCGUGCUGUGCGAGUUCUUGUCUUUCUUUGAUUGGUUAAUAUAUACGGGGUUUGGAGCACAGCGAAGCUGCAACCCCCGUGUUACACCUGCGGGCGUGCUGUCACCUCUUGCGGCAGCUGCUUACGAGUCCGCGUCGCCAGCCGAAUCCAGCUGUUUCUCAGAAAUCACGGGCAGAUGUAUUGUUUUUCCCCCUUCCACGCCCGGCGGGAGCCUGAGCUACUAUCUCAGGCUCCCGCCGGACAGACAUAGUAUGUCAAAUCGCCGGGCAGACAUAGUGUGUCAAAUCGCCGGACAGACAGCCAUCGUGGGCGAUCAGAGCGCGUUGAAUCUCGGCGGCACUAGGGUUGAUUCCCGAUGACAUAGUCGUUAUCUCGACGGAAUCAUUUUCCAGUCGAAUCAACAAACCCCUCGAGCUGGGUAUGCUGCGUCUUUAGACUCGGAUACUAGGAUCUACUAACUCGUAGUUGGAACGCCGAAUCCUAGGUUGACCCAUCGAACAACUCGUUCUAACCGUUAUCAAUUUAGAGUUGGUGUUGAGUGUUGGAGUGUUGAGGAUGGCGUCCGAGUCGUCUCCGACGCAGCAGUCGCCGUCGGAAAGCCCGCGCGAUCUGCGGCAGAUUUUCUUCAAGAAGGGUGUCCCCAUGACACCCAAGGAGUACCUUUGGCCGGGGGCAGAACCACCUGAGCAACCACCUGAGCAACCACCUGAGCAACCACCUGAGCAAGCCCCUGACGAGGAACUGUCCCACCUGCGGCAGGGGCCUAUUUCCAAGAAUCCAGCGGCGGCGGUCGAUUCCGCAGAGCUUUACCCUGCGUUUCAUUCUCCAGGAUCGUCUGAGAAAGACGUUGCCACAGCCGCGAGUAGCAGCAGUUCCGAGCUUGAGAAGGAGGAUUAUGCGCUUUCGUCUCCGUCGAAAAAGAGGUAUGGCGGCGGGCUGCUGCUUCCGCGUUCCUUAUUCAGGUGGAAGGCGCGUGACUCGCGCGAGUCUGGGCUUGAGACGAGGAGCGCUAGCGGGGAGAGUGAGAGCGAGAUCGGGGCCGUUGAUGUCGAGAAGCUGAGCGAGAUCGGGGCCGUUGAUUUUGGGAAGGGGGAACGGGGCAGGAGGGGAGCGGUGGGAGGGGAGCGGAGGGCGGGAGAGGAAGACGAGGUGGCGGGAGAGGAGAGGGGUGAACCACUCGCGGCUGAAUUGGAGAGAAGAGAAGGCGUAACUGUCCAAUAUCGGGUUAAGAAGGCGGGAGCUCAUAAAGAGGACGAAGCAGGAGCGGAUGAAGGCUUGGAGGGAGAGGAGGCUGGUGGAGAAGGGAAGGAAGGGAAGGAGGGAGGAGCGAUCGGAGUGGUGAAGGGAGAAGAGGAGAGGGCUGGGAGGAAGGGAGGGUCGUCGGGAGUGAUGACGCUGAGGCGGAUGAAGGAGGCGCUGCGGAAUGCGCUGUGGCCGCCCACUCGAGCCCGCGGGCCCGUGUCUCACGGCCCUCCAGUGGACGCUUCUCCAAGCCGCGUGCAGCCAAAGCGCACUGCAAGCCUCCCGAGCGACACUUUGCUGCUACACCACGGGAUGCCUGCAGUGCCUGUAACGGAGCAGCCUCUAACGGGGAUGAGGCAGGCUGCGAUCCUCUCGCACCCACUGCCGCCUCCUCCUGCUGCUGCUGAACUCAGUCCCCUGGAUUUAGCCGCAGCACCCCUCCCUCACAGCAGUGACAGUGACAUGUCCCUUCGGUAUAAGCAUACUGGGGAGGAAGGCCCGGUUGAGCAUGAGUUGCAUCGCCUUGGGAUCGCAUCGGUGAAUCCAGAUACAGAGGUCGGAGGAGCAGGAGGAGGUAGGGAAGGGAAGGAGGAGGAGGAGCAGGAGAGGCGAGACAAGAGGAACCAAGGUUUGAAAAUGAUCGCUCCUGAUUGGGAGGAAGUGGAGAGGCAGCACAAGGCAAAAGGGAAAGGGGUCCUGAUUGGGGGUCCAGCUUCUGCAGUGAGGAAGGAGGAGGGGGGAGUGGAGGGUGGGGAGGGGCAGGGUGAAGGGGGCAGGGAGGAAGAGACGGAGAUUCUGUUGUCCCCGCCGAGGAGAAUAGGUGGCAACAGGGGCAAGGGGGGAGAGCUUCCACACAGCCCUCCACCGUCCCCAGUCUCACCUGCCCCUGUCGCACCCUCCCUUGUGUCACCUUCACCAAUCUCACCUCCGCACCCUGGGAGCUCUGCGGGUAAGAAAUCUGCAAGACCUCUACUGAAGCUUCCUUUUCUUUCUCCUCCCGCUCCUGCGCCGGCCGCUGCCGGUGGUGCUGCCUCUGCUUGCCGUACUCCCCCCCCUCGUCUCGACCUCUCGGCUGCUCCUCCCUCCCCUGCUGCCGAAGCUGCUGAGCAGCUUCGGGAACGGGCGAGGCGGAUGGGGAUAAGGCGACAAGCGGAGAAAGGAGAGGGGGGGCUGGGGAAGAGGGAGGAAGUGCAGGUGGAGGGAGUGCUCACAGAUGCGGAGGGGGAGAAGAUGCGGGCAAUGCAGAAUACUGUUCACACGCCAACUCGGGAUUUAAGAGGUAGGGCUUCGAGUAUUGGAAGGCAGGGCGAAGGUGAUCAAUCGGAGGAGCAGGUUGUUGUUGGGCCGCUUUUAAGUGGAAAGGAGUUGAAGCAAAUGGAAGGGACGCAGCAAAUGGUGAAGUCGGCUUCGUGGGAGCUAAAAUGGGAUGCCCAGGAGUUGAGUGAAGAGUGAGCGCUUGAAACCGGUGUUGUAUAUUAGUGCCUUGCAUGUACAGGACUCUACAUUUCGUUUAUACUUUUGCAUUCGGUAGCUGAACGAUUUGU